AAGAAAGUUCUUGAAAGUUUUAGAAAAAGGUUCAUUUUGUUGGUUAAAAUAAUUGUUAGAUAUUUCAAAUAAAUAUUAUGUAUUUGUACAAAAUGUUUUAAUACGAAAUUCUAAUACGACAUUUGAAAUAUCAUUUUUAAUAGGAACGCAUAGCGUGAAUUUUGUUUAGUGAAGACACCAAAUUUUUCACUAUGGGCACCAUGUUUCGCAGUGAAAAAAUGGUCUUAUGUCAAAUCUUCAUUCAAUCAGAAAUUGCAUACGAUACUGUAUCCCAACUUGGUGAAGCUGAAUGUGUUCAAUUUCGUGAUUUACACCAUGACGUUAAUGCAUUUCAAAGAAAAUUCGUCACCGAAGUUCGUCGUUGUGAAGAAAUGGAACGAAAAAUAAAUUCUAUCGAAGAUAUUAUCAAAUAUUCUAAUCGAAGUAUUCCUUAUGACGAAAAUCUCUCCCCGACAACUCAUCGAGCACCCGAAAUCAAAGAUAUUUGGAAUUUAGAAACAAAUUUGGAAAAAUAUGAAUUGGACAUUCGAAAACUUAACGAAAAUAAGAAAAAACUCAAAUCAACUUAUAACCGACUUACCGAAAAACGCCAAGUCUUAGAAAUGAUUCAUAAUUUCUUUUCCGAAGUUGGACUUGUAAAUUUAAAUUCCAGACAAAUCUCACUUCAAGAUUUCGAACAAAAUUUCUCAGCUUUAAAUUUAAUAGUUGGUGUCAUAGAACCUCAACGUCGGUAUAGUUUUGAACGUAUGCUUUGGCGCAUUACACAUAGCAAAGCUUAUGUUAAGUCUGACGGCUUACAAUUCUAUCUAAAAGAUCAAAUUACUGGACAACUUUUACUUCGAAAUGUUUUCGUAAUAAUUUUUUUUCAAGGCCAAGAACUUCGAAGUAGGGUUUUGAAAAUAUGUCAAGGCUUUCAUGCUGAAAUUUAUAAGUAUCCAAAAACAUUCGAUCUUCGAUUGAAAAUGUUGAAAAAUUUGCUCAACGCUGAAAAAGACUUAAAGACGACAAUAAUCGAAACCGAAGUUCAACUUUCAUUAGCUAUCAAUAGUAUUCUAGGGUCCCUGUCAAUUUGGAAAACUGGGAUUAAAAAAAGUAAGGCAAUUUUCGAAGCACUCAACAAAUUCAGCAUAAAUGUAUCAAGAAACUGUUUGGUUGCCGAAUGUUGGUUGCCACUUAUAGACUUGCUGAAAGUUCAAAAAGCUUUAAAUGAUGGUAGAUCAGAUGAAAGUGCUGUAGAGCCACUCUUAACCAUAAUCGACACAAAUGAUAUUCCACCAACUUUUUAUAGAACGAGCGUCUUCACUGAAGGCUUCCAGAAUCUAAUUGAUGCUUAUGGUGUAGCUUCGUAUGGAGAAGCAAACCCUGCUUUGUACACUAUAAUAACUUUUCCAUUUUUAUUCGCCGUAAUGUUUGGUGACCUAGGUCACGGUCUUAUUUUGUUCGUUUGCGGUAUUUGGUUGUGUUUUUGGGAGAAAACUUUGGAAAAAAAGUCUUGGGGAGAGAUUUGGAAGAUCUUCUUCGGAGGGCGAUAUAUAAUCUUGUUAAUGGGAUUAUUCUCAAUCUACACAGGAUUCGUGUAUAAUGAAGUUUUCUCCAAAUCAAUAAACUUAUUCAAUUCGUCUUGGAUCAUCGAUUUUAACUCCUCAACGGUUCAGUCUAAUCCAAAGCUUCAAUUAAAUCCUAAAAACCCCAGCAAAGGAACCUAUCCAAUUGGAGUGGAUCCUAUUUGGAUGUUGGCAGAAAAUAAGAUUAUCUUUCUAAAUACCUACAAAAUGAAGAUGUCAAUAAUUUUCGGUGUAAUUCACAUGUUUUUCGGCGUUUGCAUGAGUGUGGUGAAUUUUAGAGAUUUUAAAAAACCUGCCAAUAUUUUAUUAGAAUUUUUACCAAAAAUUAUAUUUUUGGGCUUAUUAUUUGGUUAUUUGGUUUUUAUGAUGUUUUUCAAAUGGAUUCAAUAUUCAGCUAAGGCUGAUAAUCAAGCUGAUUCAGCAGGUUGUGCGCCAUCGAUUCUUGUUAUGUUUAUCAACAUGAUGCUUUUUAAAUCAUCCAAGCCCCUAAAAGGCUGCAAUGAGUUUAUGUUUAAUGGCCAGAAAGAAGUGCAAAAUGUUUUUAUAUCGAUUGGAAUAGUUUGUAUUCCAUGGAUGUUAUUAGGGAAGCCACUUUAUAUAAAAUUUAAACGAAGGCAGAGCAAUAUCAUCAACUCUACAGAAGAGGAAAUUCCUGCGGAUGAGAGCCGUUUGCUAAUAGAACCUUUUCCAGAUCGUGAAUUAGACGUUGAAGAUAUCCAAGAUAAUAAACCAUUGAGCGAGAUUUUCAUUUAUCAAGCAAUUCAUACUAUUGAAUAUGUUUUGAGUACGAUUUCACAUACAGCUUCUUAUUUGAGGUUAUGGGCACUUUCUUUAGCACAUGCUCAACUCGCUGAGGUACUGUGGAAAAGAGUUUUAUCGUUGGCCUUGAAAAGCGAUACAAGUUUGGGAUUCAUAAUGAUUUAUUUGAUUUUUGGAGCUUGGGCGAUGUUUACACUUGUCAUUUUAGUUAUGAUGGAGGGUUUGUCGGCAUUUUUGCAUACACUACGAUUGCAUUGGGUUGAAUUUAUGAGUAAAUUUUAUUCUGGGGAAGGAUAUUUAUUCAAACCUUUUAGCUUUAAGAGUAUUUUAAAGACGGAGGAUUGAAAAAAAUUGAUAAGGGUCAGAACUGAACUUAAGAAAUGUAUACAAAAUUCAGAUCAAUUUAUAAGAUCAUGAACUAUGAUUUUUUAAGAAAUAAAUUACUAAAAUUAAUAAGAAA